UACAUUUUCUUGUGCGAAACAAAGCAGCAAUAUAAUCUCUUUUGCAUCCGAAGAUACCGCAUCGUUUACAGUCGUUUAGCACCGGGCUUUUGUUUUCCGCUGCAUCAAGGACAGAGCCAUCAGAGCGAAACGGAGAUCCAUGAGAGGCGCUGGAGGCAGGACGCCGCUUCAGUCUCAGGGUUGUUGUGAGAGCGCAAAGCCAUGGCCGCAGGUAGGCUGGAGCAGCAGGUGGCCAGUGUGGAGCGGGGCAUCGCCUUCCUGAAGCAGGAGCAUCGGGUCAUGCUAACCGGGCUGCACGUGGAGAUAACGAACCUGAAGAGACGCUGCCAUGAGUUGGGCUGUGAGCUGGACUCUAGAUUUCCCGACAGAAACCCUGCAGAUGAGGAAGCAGAAUUGGAGGCGCGUUGUGAAGCAGUGGAGCGCCUCCUGGAGGACCAACACUGUAUGACACUGGCGGCCCGCGGUGAGCUGCGCGCCGGACGGGCCCGAGUGUCCGCACUGGGACGAAGCCUCAGGGAAGAGGAGAGAUGUUUUUUGGAGGAACUGAAACGCAGAAGCCAUAAGAUUACGCUGAUGAACAGAGAGCUACAGCGACAAGAUUCAGCUACAUCUAGUCUCUGUCAGGAGCUCCACAAUGCCAGGUUAAAACUAUUUCAACAAAAACAGGGCGAAGAGUGUAGGGCUGAAGGGACAGAGGAAACAGCCAAAGACCAACAGGAAGUAGAACAAGAAGAGGAUGAUGAUGAUUAUGAAGAUGACAGCUCUGAUUGGCUUUUAUCCCCGCCUCCACCUGAGUCCCCUGGCCAAUCAGAGCUUAGAGUCCAGCGCAGCAGACUGAGCAUCAGAGAAGAGCGGGUCCGAGCCUGUGUCCCACGGGAGAGGGUCACAUCUCCCCAAAGACCCCUCCCCAUGCCUGACCCUGCUCUCUUCCUGGUCCCUCUAAGGUACCGGAUGCUGCGACUGAACCGGCCUAUCAGACAGAAGGAAAGUGAUCAGCUGGAUGAUGAAUGGGAGGAUAUAGAUGAGGGAGGGAUACACAGCAGAGUGGACAUGGGUGCAGGGGAGGGAGAGACUGCCCUGUGAAUGUUACUGAUGGGUUAGAAAAGUGGUCUUCCAUUGACAAAACCAGCACCAAAUGCCCCCUUAAAAAGAUAUAGGAAAUAAUGGAAAUGUGAGAGAUGUAACUGUGGUUGUUUAGUGAGUUGUUGGGCUGUGUUUGAAAUGGCAUACAGAAAAUAUUUAG